AACCACGAUAUCCACCUCUGCACGCCAAGUUUAGCACGAACUCUACAGUAUGGAACGCUCCUCGCUUGAGGCACGACAAGCAAACAACGCCUCACCGUUGCCAAGUCCGCCCACGGUACAGGCCCCGCCCUCCCCGCGUCCCCCAUCCGAGACCAGCAGCAGGCAGAGAGGCGAGGACUACGUCUACUUUGAACGCUCUACCGAAGGCUUCUCCUCCGAUGCCGUGGCACGCGCGACUGCCACCAAGCUCAAGAUGGAGUCCUUCUACAAGGUCUCCGUCGAUGCUGCCAUCGAGCGCAAUAAGAGACGCACCGAGCUCGAGCAAAAGCUGAACGCGGCGCCGAUGCCCAACGAGGCCAAGGAGCGCGAAAUCCGCAAGUACCGCAAGCUGGAGUCGCAGCACCUGCGUCUGCGGAGAACCAAGAUUUCACUGAACGACUUCCGCACCAUCAAGGUCAUCGGCAAGGGCGCUUUUGGUGAAGUGAGAUUGGUUCAGAAGACGGACACGGCCAAGGUGUACGCCAUGAAGACCCUUCAGAAGGCGGAGAUGUUGAAGCGUGAUCAGCUGGCGCAUAUCCGAGCUGAGCGUGACCUCCUCGCCGAGUCCACAUCGCCCUGGGUCGUGCAGCUCUUCUACUCUUUCCAGGAUCCCCUCUAUCUCUACCUCAUCAUGGAGUUUCUUCCCGGUGGUGACCUCAUGACCAUGUUGAUGAAGUACGAUGUGUUCUCAGAAGAUGUCACUCGCUUCUACAUGGCCGAGUGCAUUCUUGCCAUCGAGGCCGUCCAUGACCUGGGCUACAUCCAUCGAGAUAUUAAGCCUGACAACAUCCUAAUCGAUAAGAAUGGGCACUUGAAGCUGUCAGACUUUGGUCUCUCGACUGGAUUGCACAAGACUUCGGAUGGGGACUUCUACAAGCGACUGCUCGAUCAGGAGAAGCAGCGAGACCCCGCACGGAACAGUGUGCAAGUAAACCCCAUUAACCUGACAAUGAGCCGCGAGCAGAUCGCCACCUGGAAAGCCAACCGCCGGAAGCUGGCAUACUCUACAGUCGGAACACCGGACUACAUCGCGCCAGAAGUAUUCAUGCUCAAGGGAUACGGGAAGGAGUGUGACUGGUGGUCACUCGGCGCCAUCAUGUUCGAAUGCUUGGUGGGAUACGCGCCGUUCUGCUCGGAGAACCCAAGCGACACGUACAAGAAGAUCAUCGAGUGGCCUCACUACUUGUACUUCCCUGAAGAGGUUCACAUCAGCCAAGAAGCUGAGCACCUCAUUCGAAGCAUGAUGACUUGGGCAAAGGACCGGAUGGGCGCGGCACAGGUCAAGAACCACCCCUUCUUCUUCGGCGCGGACUGGAACGGCCUCCGAUACAUCUCGCCACCAUUCGUGCCUGCGCUAUCAUCGAUCACUGAUACAUCAUACUUUCCGACCGACGAGCUGGGAAACGUUCCGGAUCAACUGGACGGCGUGGAGAAGGUCGGCUCCGACAAGGAUUUGGCGUUCUUGGGCUUUACAUUCAAGCGCUUCACUGGGUCGGGACAAGGCUAGAGUGCUCAUCCCUGUGUGCCGGAUCUGGACGUCGACGUAUGCUGUCGUGAAUACCCUGUCGUGAAUUUGGUAUCAUAGAAAUUUCACGGUUUAAUUUUUGGAGUUCGUUUUUGAAGGACAUCUGUAUAUUAGUCACUGAAACGAGGCUCGUCCUAUGCUUUAGUUCUUCCAGCCCCGCAUGAUGUUCUCGACCUUUGGGCCUGCUGAGGUCGGAACGGACCUAUCAUGGCUACUCCCUACUGCCGAGGUUCAAACGUUUUAUCGAACAUUUAUCCUCGUCGCUCCGGACCGCUUGGCGCGCGGGCCCCACACGUGAGACGCGCUAUCAAUCGAUCACGGAUCCCAGCGUGACUGAGGUCGAGUGAACUCUCAUAAGCCCCUGAAAUGCGCAUGAGUAUAUCUUCUCCCCGCCUCGCUCAUCCUCCCUAGCUUCCCCUUCUUUCCUCCAAACCCAUCUCUUUUCUUCCAGAUCGCACAAGCAGCAUGCCAGACGGUGGAUUCGCCGAAGUUUACAGCCCGCUCAAGGUGCUCCAGGACCCGUCCUUCCGCGUCCUUGCGGAGGGCGAGACGCCCAAGGCGGACGCGAACAUCGCGGCGUUCUAUAACCCGGCACAUGAGAUCCAUCUUGUCGAGAAGCCUCGCCCGAAGCCGGGCCCUGGACAGGUGCUGUUGCAUGUCCGUGCGACUGGUAUUUGCGGGUGUGUUCUUUUAUCAUUUGAGGCAUAUGUGCGGGGAGAGUGCAUAUAUCGGCCGGGGAAGCUGAUAGGCUGUUUGACUUUGUAGGAGUGAUGUGCAUUUCUGGAAGCAUGGGCGCAUCGGGGACUCGAUGAUCGUGACAGACGAGUGUGGCUCUGGACACGAGUCUGCGGGUGAGGUCGUCGAGGUGGGCGAGGGAGUGACGCAGUGGAAAGUCGGUGACCGUGUUGCCAUCGAGGCUGGUGUCCCGUGCUCGAAGCCAUCCUGCGAGUAUUGCCGCACGGGGCGGUACAAUGCCUGCCCUGAUGUUGUUUUCUUCUCAACCCCUCCUUUCCACGGAACCCUGACCCGCUGGCACCUGCACCCCGCUGAAUGGCUCCAUGCACUCCCCGAAUCUGUCUCGUUCGAGGAAGGAUCCCUGUGUGAGCCUCUGUCGGUCGCACUCGCAGGUUUGGAGCGUUCGGGUCUGCGUCUAGGCGACCCCACUCUUAUCUGUGGUGCCGGCCCCAUCGGCCUCGUCUCCCUUCUCUCAGCCCGUGCGGCCGGCGCUGAGCCCAUCGUCAUCACCGAUCUCUUCCAGAGCCGGCUCGAGUUUGCGAAGAAGCUCGUCCCGGGCGUGCGCACGGUGUUGAUUGACAGAAACGACACUGCUCAGCAGGCUGCGAAGAAGAUCAAGGAGACGGCCGGGACGCCGCUCGGUGUCAAAGUUGUAUUGGAGUGCACUGGGUUUGAGAGCAGCAUUCAUUCUGCGAUAUAUUCCACGGCGUUUGGAGGCAAGGUGUUCAUCAUUGGUGUCGGCAAGAACGAACAGAAUUUCCCUUUCAUGCACCUUUCUGCAAACGAAAUUGAUGUGCAGUUCCAGUACCGAUAUGCUCACCAGUACCCCAAGGCUAUUCGUCUUGUUAGUGCAGGGUUGAUCAACUUGAAACCGCUCGUCACCCACCGCUUCAAGCUGGAGGACGCUGUCAAGGCUUUCCACGUCGCGGCAGACCCUACGCAGGGAGCCAUCAAGGUCCAGAUUCAGGAUUAAAAGCAACUUUAGAGUGUUCAAUGUAUUGCAAUUGUCUUGUAUACCAUGUAGUACUACUGGG